GAGCCAAUUUCCAUAAUUGGACACAUUGACAAAACCCGACAGUGGGGUUUGUUGUUUGCAGAUAUGCACAAGAAACAUGGAUGGGGCAGAGAGACGAGGCUUCGUUAUGUUGAUUUUUCUCCUUGUUAUGUCUUCAGUGGAAUCUAAUGUCAAAAGCAACUGCACUGAAAGACGGUUGACAUUAUGUGAAGAUCAAUUCAAUGAAAACACCCUGCCAGUUUGCCCUGAGGUGGUGGAACUGCAAGUUUGUCUUGCGGCUUGUGUAAAUAAUAAGGACUGGCCAAACCAAGUUGUAAGGCUCAAGUAUGAAAUACUUGUCAAGAAAAUGAAUUCUUAUCCAGAUUGUAUUCCAGCAAGUAAAGUUCAUAGAAAAGAAUGUAAUGAGAAACAUGUCAAUAAUUGCUACCAACAGUAUAACCAGAAUGCAACAUCGAUUUGCCCUGAGGUGAAGAAACUGCGAAUAUGCAUCAGCGAACUUACAGGGUGUCAUGCCAUGAAGCACCCAAAAUUUGUGUUAUCCAUAGAUAUCCUUGAAAAACACAGAGAAUGCUUCUUUGUAAACUACUCUCGGAUAUUGGAAGUCCUCAAAAAGAAAGAUGAUGACAAGAAAGUAGACAAACCAUCCCAAGCCACCAAAUCCCCUAAAACAGUAGAAACUAGUUCUGUGACAAGCAUAAAUACCACGAAAAAAUCUCAGGAAAGUAAACUUGAACCAGAGACUGGACAUCUUCCAUACACAUUUGUAGUUGUGGCAACAGUGUGCACCUGUAUGUUUUUAGUAGUUCUUGUUGUCUUCAGUAUUGUGCGGCAUACAACACUUUCAAAACGUCAAAGGAACUCAUCAAUUGAAAGAGCUCCUAUGAGAAUAAAUAUUCGAUCACGUAGUCCAAGACAUAGAACUAGACAUCAUCGACAUCAUCGUAAUAGUAGGGGACGUGUUGUCAUUCAUGGUACACGACAGACUGUCUCGGGGUUCUUUGAGGGAAAUGUUGCACCUCCGCCUUACAGUGCAGUACUGGAUGAUAAUGAAAGCGUAAGGGCGGGCGAUCCGCCACCUCCAUAUCGACCUCCAUCUUGUAUGGCUUUAGGUGUUAUUGUGUGAAGCACAGUUGUGAUGCACAGUGCUUAAAAGAUCAUCAUGGUUUUGUUCAGCGCCAAUGGGAACUUCAUAUUGGAGUCUUGGUUUGAAACAGUCAUAGUUGUGGAACUUCCAGCAAACCUUCAAGAAACUCAUCAAACUUCUGCCCAACUUAUGCCCAGGACGUCGCAGUUGUUCAAGUUUCAAAUGAGAAUAGGUCAUAUUUGUUUUCCUGGUAUUGGACUGGAGCUGCAACGUGUGACAAAAGUGUUGGGAAGGUUAUCUAUUUUCCUGCCCCCAUCCCACCAAUAUCGAUUGUCGGUUUUCCAAAAAACUUGUCCACACCAUGUUCUUCAAUAAAACUUCAACAUUUACAUAGGAGACAGGGGGCUGUAAAACCCCUCAGUCAUGGUAAUAGUUUGGGUCAAAAUAUAUCGCAAUUACUACUGUACUUUUACAACCUUCCCCACAAAUUUUGUUGUCUGUUGUAGCUUGCAAUGGAGGCUAUUGUGGGAGGGGGUUGUUAUUAAAAAGAACUUCACGUCGUAGUCCUCUUGGAAGCCUCCAUUUCAAGCAAGUCCUAGGCCAAUGCCAAGAUUACAAAAUAAUGUGGUCUAUUAGCUGAGGACAGAAGUUAGAAUUUUAAGAAAAAUGUACAUAUAUGCAGACAGUUUUAAUGGAAUUUAUAAGAGAUUUGUUUAUGGCAUUCUUGCCAAGGUUACAUUGUACUUGUAAUUGCAUGCAUUUUCACAAAGUUAGAGUUUGAAUGAAGAAGUCAUCAGUUCAUUUGGAUGAGAGCAUCCUGCUUGAGUGGUUAACUUUUUGUGGAGGCAACAGGUAUUAUUUUCAUCCAUAUUCCUCUGUUGAAUGUAAACAUACAAAUCUUCCUCACUGUCAAGACGAGUAAUUUAUUUGUCUUAUUGACAGUGAGGAGGAUUUGUGUUGUUACAAUAAUCUGCUUGCCUAUAUAGUUAGCAGAAUUAUUCUGUUCAUACUAGCUCUUGCCUGUCAUGCUAUAAGGAAUAUUUUUUCCUGAAAAGACAUGCAUUUGUUUGCAAAACCAUUCGCAGCAAAAAGGGACUACGGUUUUCUCAGUGGAGGUUUAAAAGAAUGUAGAGGUUGGCAUUGGUGUGCCAAUCAUUAUCAAUCAUAUGCUCAUUGGCAAACCCGUCAAGAGAGGCUGAAAAGUUCUUAGGCUCGAUUUCUGCCGCUUUCUUGAGUCUGGUCUCCAUGUGUCCUCUGGGGAAGAGCACAGGCUCCUUUCCCAAACAGCACCUGAUAGUCGAGCCUAAAAAGCUCCAUACUGACCAGAUUUGAUACCUAAAUUUGUCAGCGUUAGUCAUUAGUCUCCUUCGCAGCUGUGAGCAUUCCAUAACAACUCAAACAACAACUGUAAAGGAGAGCAGAGAGUCAUCUGUAGGCUGAAAAGUUCCAUUCUGACAAACUACUAAUGCAGAAAUUGGUUUGGUAUUUGAAUUUAUCAUUGUUACGUGCAUUUCUUAGACAACAGAAACUAACCCUGAAUGGUUGCAUUUGUUGAGAAGUGUUUCUGCCAUGAGAUCCUGUAAAAAUUUAUUUACCCACAAAAUUGUCACAAACUUUUUUUAAACAGCGAUGACCCUUCUUUAAAACUCGUAUCGAUGAAAAUACACAAUAGAGUAGACCAGGAUUACACUGGUUGGCUAUUUUUACUAAUAUCUGACAAAAGUAGUAACCUUUAGCAGUUGAUAGCUACCUAGUCCUGCAUGUGAAUGUUUUUUUUUUUUUCAGUGUUGGAACAAUUUUACCACUUCACAUUGAUAAAUAAGUACAAGAGUCCAUAAAUAACGAAUUGACAAUACAAAAAUUAAUAAAUAACCCACAAUCAGAAA